AUGCUACCAGCCAACAGCUAUUCUCGACGAUGUCGGGCAGGUCUACCCUCCUCAGUCAUCCAAAAUCCUGGAAGUUAUUUGCUGAGACCAAAGUUACCUCUAAGGUCUACCUAUAACAAGCCCAAGAGCAAUUGUAGCUUCACACACAUCGAAAAUGCUCCCUUUGGAAGGCCUAAACGUUUCAAACUCAAGAAAUUAAAUUCAUUUCAAAAAAUGGAUACCAUGAAGAAAAAAAUUCCUGAUUAUACUGAAACAGCUUAUAGAGAAGCAGUGUCACGAUUGAAAUAUUUACUAGCGGAAUCUUAUACUCCAAGAGGGUCUGGCAAAAUAAUACGAGACAAAAAUAUCUUCCGAAGAAGUAAUUCAAAACUUCACGACUCAGCAGACGAUACCGAUGACCGAAGUGUCGUUAGCGAGUGUUCAAAAGGAUUUCCCGUGAAUUUAUCAUCAAGAACGAACACAGCGUUGACAUCCGACAAACGUCUGCCAAUGACUUCGGUUCUCAGCGGUGAAAAUUCACAAAUGACACCCAAAGAAAUGUCGACGUUCAUAAUGCGCCAGGAAGAAUACAUCGAGCAGCUGGAGUCUGAGUCUCAGUACUGCAAAGAAGAACUAAAAAAUUUACUCGGUAAAAUUCGAGAGGUCGUUGCAGAAAAUGAAGCUUUGCAUGAUAAGAAUAAAACAGUGCUGCUAAAAUCAUUUUUGAAUGAAUAUGACAAUGCUGAAGAAAACAGCGGGAAUAAGCCAGUGCUGGAGUUAGACCAUGGACAGUCUAGUCCUGGAAAGAAGAUAAAGUUACACCAGAUGAUUGAGGGCCCGAGCAUAAUGUAUGAGUCAAGAAUCAGCGAGCUAGAAGCUCAGUUGACUCAGGCGAGGAUUGAGCUCAAGAAAGCUCAAGAAGAAAGCCAGCUGGGUGUCAAAAAAUUUGCUGAUGCUCCAGAUCUCAGUCCAGAGACUGUUCAGCAGCUGGAUCUGGUGUUGAAAGAGAAACGCGAGCUGUCUGGGAAGCUUGAUGAAACUCUGAGAAGCUUGCAAGUCGCUCGGGAUCGGGAAGCUGAUGCUCUGCAGAAAGCCAAGCGUGCUAUGGACAAUGUUCAGCAGACUGAGUUCGAGAAAGCACAGGCUGAGUCUGAAGUUCGGAGGCUGAAGGACGAACUCGAGAGACAGCGUGAUAAAAUACGAGAAGCGACCCAAGAAACUACUCGGAGACUUGCUGAUGAACGGCAUCAGGUCGAGAGACGCUAUGGACAGCAGGUUGAGCAGCUUUCUGCUGAUGUUGCUACUCAUUGGGAUGCUGCUUCUAAGUCGCAGCUGGAGAUUGAGAAACAACGCAGGGAAAUUUUGGAUCUUAAAAGAGAGUUGAAUCAGAAACAAGCUAUUAUUGAUGAUCUGAAGAAAGAUUUGCAUAAUAAAAUUUCAAAUUUACAAAGUGAUUUAAAUCAAAUGGCUGCUGAAAAAGAUGCAGUAGAGCAAGAAGUCGCAACUGCUAAGUUAGCUCUUGAAAGAAGUGAAAGACAUGCUAAGCAGGAACAAAGUCGUUGGCAAGGUGAAAUCAACUCGUACAAACAACGCUUGGAACGUGCUGACGCUGACAUUGUCCAUUGUCGGCGAGAAAAUUUACGGCUUUCUGAGCAGAUAGCUUCCCUGGAAAAAGAACUUAACAUGGUGAAGAUCAUACGUACGGACAGUCAGACACCAGCAGCAACUCCGAGGCUGGAAAACGAGAAAGAUUUGACAUCAAUGAUCAUGGACAUGGAGACUAAACAUGCUGCCACGGUGGCUGGUCUUGAAGACGCUCUCAAAAAUCAGGCAAUGCUCGUCAGCCAGCUGUCUGCAGAAUGCCGAUCUCUCACACAGCGUUUGGAUGCUAACAAUCUUACUCACAAGGAAGAAAUUGUCAACUUACAAGAAAAAAUAGACCAUUUAACAAACAAAAUAAAAGACUUAUUAGAAAAUCAAAAAGGAAAAUUACCCGAAGCCCCAUCAGAGUCCCAGAAAAAUCCAGUGGAUCCCAACGAAUACACCCACGAAUCUUAUCAACAAAAUUACAAUCUAGAAACGAAAACUCCCGAGCUUGACGCUACCCAAUAUGAUCCACAAGAUAACCAAAAUUAUCCUGAGUACACAACAAACGAUCCUAAUUACACUGGGGAGUACGCAGCUGAAGACUAUCAAUAUGAACAGCAGUACGACCCGUCACUUUAUCCAGAAGCUAACCAGGACCAGAGUAAUCAAGAUACUGAUCAGUACGAAAAUUACUCAGCUGCCAACUACGAAAACCAGCAACAACCGCUUGAACAAAAUGAAGCUAUUUCUUAA